CCAAUACAGUAAGAGACAGCCAAUCGAACGGCUCGUAAUCCAACAACGCUCUGGGGACUCAUUCAGCAGAGUGGCUGCUAGAUAGAAGGAAACAUCCUCAGAUGACCUGAGACCUUUAAUCUGAAGGACGGCCCACACACUCAACCCAAGGGACCAGAGACACGGAGAGCUGCUUCAUGAUGAGACCUUUAUUCUGAAGGACGGCCCACACACUCAACCCAAGGGACCAGAGACACGGAGAGCUGCUUCAUGAUGAGACCUUUAUUCUGAAGGACGGCCCACACACUCAACCCAAGGGACCAGAGACACGGAGAGCUGCUUCAUGAUGAGACCUUUAUUCUGAAGGACGGCCCACACACUCAACCCAAAGGACCAGAGACACGGAGAGCUGCUUCAUGAUGAGACCUUUAUUCUGAAGGACGGCCCACACACUCAACCCAAGGGACCAGAGACACGGAGAGCUGCUUCAUGAUGAGACCUUUAUUCUGAAGGACGGCCCACACACUCAACCCAAGGGACCAGAGACACGGAGAGCUGCUUCAUGAUGAGACCUUUAUUCUGAAGGACGGCCCACACACUGAACCCAAAGGACCAGAGAGGAUCGGGAGUUCGAUUCCCCGCUCACGGCCCUAGUCGAGGUGUCCUUGAGCAAGGCACUUAACCCUGAAUUGCCCCCCGUAGUAUGAAUAGCACCCCAUUGCUGAAGUCCUUCCAGAAGAAGACACAACGCAGGCCGAGUGGGAGAUCGGAUACCUGGACACCAACAGAGGCCGCUCACCGCCGAGGGGGGCCAAGUCCAAACCAUGAGUUCACGCAGCACAGAUGUUAAGGAAAAUCGGAACUCGGACAACCUCUUCUCCAAAGAGGGGGUUGCAGCCGAGGCCGCUCAACUCCCCUAUGGGAGUGCUGGGGGUGGGAGGAAGCGUCCCUUAGAGGAGGGGAAUAACGGGCAUGCGCAUUCCAAGUACAGGCCCAAGAAGCGUAAGAAGGUCCCCGGGCCCAUUCUGCCUAAGAACGCCCUGAUGCAGCUGAAUGAGAUCAAGCCGGGGCUGCAGUACAAGCUGCUCUCUCAGACCGGGCCCGUGCACGCACCCGUCUUUGUGAUGACGGUGGAGGUCAACGGGCAGCUCUUUGAGGGUUCUGGUCCUACCAAGAAGAAGGCGAAGCUGAACGCAGCGGAGAAGGCCCUGCGCUCCUUCGUCCAGUUUCCCAAUGCGUCUGAAGCCCACAUGGCCAUGGGCCGGACUCUGUCCGUUCACACGGACUUCACCUCGGACCAGGCGGACUUUCCAGACAUGCUCUUUAACGCCUUUGAGACGUCCGCUCCUGCGGACGACCCGUUUUACCUUGCGGCCAACAGUAACGGUUCCUUCAGCUCACUGGGAAUAGAGUACCCGUUGCUACCCUCCCCUCUCCCAAACCUGGUCCAGGCCCCCUUACCUCCGGUCCCCUCCACCUUCAUGUCCCCGACAAGCGGCAAGAAUCCGGUCAUGAUCCUCAACGAGUUACGGCCGGGCCUCAAGUACGACUUUGUGUCGGAGAGCGGGGAGAGCCACGCCAAGAACUUUGUGAUGUCGGUGUCGGCCGACGCUCAGAGCUUCCAGGGUUCUGGGAGGAACAAGAAGCUGGCCAAGGCCCGGGCGGCCCAGGCGGCGCUGUCUGCUCUGUUUAACAUGCAGCUGGAUCAGGCUCCAUCGAGGCAGCCCAUUCCCAGAGAAGGACUGCAGCUUCACCUGCCGCAGGUCCUGGCCGACGCCGUGUCGCGCCUGGUCGUCGACAAGUUCAGCGAGCUGACGGACAACUUCACGUCUCCACAAUCCAGACGGAAAGUAUUGGCAGGUGUCGUCAUGACAACAGGUGCAGACGUGAAGGAGGCCCAGGUCAUCUGCGUGUCCACGGGAACCAAGUGCAUCAAUGGUGAAUACAUGAGCGAUCGAGGUUUGGCCCUCAAUGACUGCCAUGCUGAGAUCGUGGCUCGCCGCUCGCUCAUCAGGUACCUGUACUCCCAGCUGGAUCACUUCCUCAGUAACCACGAGGAGGAGCAGCAGACAUCCGUCUUCACCAGGUGUGACAACAGACACGGCUUCAGGCUGAAGGAGAACGUCCAGUUCCACCUGUACAUCAGCACCUCCCCCUGUGGAGACGCCCGCAUCUUCUCUCCUCAUGAAGCUGCAAUGGAGGACCAGGGGGAUCGACACCCCAACAGAAAGGCCCGCGGGCAGCUGCGCACUAAGAUCGAGUCUGGCGAAGGCACCAUCCCAGUGCGCUCCACCAACACCAUCCAGACGUGGGACGGGGUUCUUCAGGGCGAGAGGCUGCUCACCAUGUCCUGCAGUGACAAGAUAGCCAGGUGGAACGUGGUUGGCUUCCAAGGCUCUCUGAUGAGCUACUUCACUGAGGCCAUCUACUUCUCCAGCAUCAUCCUGGGCAGCCUGUACCACGCGGACCACCUCUCCAGAGCCAUGUACCAGAGGAUUACCGAGAUCGAGGACCUGCCUCCGUCCUUCAGCUUGAACAGGCCGCUGCUCAGCGGGAUAAGCAACGCGGAGGCUCGUCAGCCGGGAAAAGCUCCCAACUUCAGUGUGAACUGGACGGUGGGAGACCAAGGCUUAGAGGUGAUCAACGCCACCACGGGGAAAGACGACCUGGGUCGACCGUCCCGGCUCUGCAAGCACGCGCUGUACGGCCGCUGGAUGCGCCUGCACUGCAAGCUGACCUCCUCCCUGCGGAUCCGAGCGGCGACGCCCGGCAGCUACCACGAGGCCAAGCAGGCCGCGGCGGAGUACCACGGCGCCAAGCAGGCGCUCUUCAGAGCCUUCCACAAAGCCGGACUGGGCGCCUGGGUGAAGAAACCUAUAGAGCAGGACCAGUUUGCACCCCCCAUGUGAGUCCGGGCCUAACGCCCCUCUGGGUGGUCGUGGACUGUUUGACUGGAACGAGGCACCACAUCCAGAUGUCAGCAUCCAUGGAUGUAACAUAUCAUUUGUAUAGCCUCAUGCUCCUUCAGCCAGCACAUUCAAAAAGAUUAUUAUUCAGUCAGUUAUGCAACUUUAUACAAAGGAAACAUGUAAAAACAGACUUUGGGAAUGGAAACUUGUAAAUCGCAUCGUUAGUUUUAAUAGGUCUUGUUUAUAUAAAAAACAGUGAUGCAUUUAUUUUGCAUGUGUGUUUAUACCAACUUCAUAGGAAGUCUCCAGUAAAAAGGUUUGUUCUCAAGUAUCAGUGUUGUAAACAAUGUGAAUGUCCUUCUGUGGUUUCUCUUUGCUAUGAUAUGAUACGCACACACAGACUUCAGUGACUGUAAGUAACCACAAGGUCACAAUGGGGUCAAAGGGGAGGACCACAGUUACUGACUGUGAUAGGCUGACACAUCUGUCAAUCAAAGAAAUACAACCAAAAUAAUUGUUCUGUUAAAGCUAGAGCUUUAUUCAUUCUGCGUGCUCGUCUUCUCGAUUGCCCCCAUUCCCCAUUUAGUUUGCUGUAUCUAUAUCAAUAUAUUGAUAAGAUAUAUAUUAAUAUAAUGAUAUAUAUAUAUUAGUGUUAUUUCUCUUUUAAAUGUUGCUCGUUCUGUUAAAGUGAUAAUAAUGAUAAUUAUUGAUGUCACCAUGAAGAUGGUUCAAAGUCAAAUUAGCCCCACGUAUGAGUAGAGCUAGCAAUGACAUGGCCUCAUACUUUUCUAACUAAACAAGCAAAACAUAGAAUGUUUAUUUUUGUAUGAAUUUAAGAACUAUUGGAGAGAAACAUUAAUAUACGUGUAUACCGAUAUAAGUGGUGAAUACAUAUUUUUUAUUUUAGUCCACAUUGUACAAAUUGAGGUCAUUCAAGCUUCCGACUAAAUAUUGUCUCCCGGCGGUUAAAAGAGUCUUUAGGAUUCUGGAAAUAUUCUCCUCGACAACGGCGGUGAUUGUUGUUGACGGGCGUUCGGCCGUGGUGGUUGAACCCGUCUCCUCACGACCUUUGACCCUUUGUAGUUGGGGGUCAUUUCCUCUCGUUGGAUGGCACACGUGAGAUGAAUAUCUGGUUCACACGUCUCUCCUCACGUGCGCCCAGGAUCAGGGUAACAAGCUUAUGCAACGAACCUCAACACGCAUGUCCGAGUAUGUCGACGGUCCCUAUGCAGCGACUCCAGUGACCCAGAACCGGCUCGCGGUUCCGUCGCCAUGACCACCAGUAAAAGCUCACCAAAGAUGAUGUCAGCAUAUUUUCUGUGUAGUUUUAUAUUCCUGUAUUCUGCCUCUACUGCUCGUGAUGACGUGAUGUUUUAUGUGUGAUGUUCUACUUCAAAACCAAACAAGUGAUCAAUAUUUCAUGUCCUGAUCCGGCUGGUAUUCACGGCUGGGUUUUACUUGUAAAAGUAUUUCUGCGUAACGUUCAGACUUUCACAUAAUUUGCUGUAAAAGUCCUCGGGAUGUAAACCUCCAGCCUCAAACACACACAGGGCAUCUUUAACCUAUUUACUUUUUAAUAUGCCUUCUUUUCUUUCUAUACUUUCAAUGUGUGUUCUUUCUGCUUCUAUUUCCUCGCCGACUGCGUCUCACCGUCGAGCAUGUGCAGACCUGUUCCUGUCUCAGCAGUCCUGGCUCCAGACUCGGGCCCUCAGGGUUUUUGGAGGUGCCGUCUAUUACGUUUCCACGGUAUAUGCACUUUUUAAAAAGGGAAAGUAUUACUUAUUAAGUGAAUGGAUGAAUGGUCAAAUAUGGUCCGCUGUAUUUUUGUUCCUACCUGUCCAUAUGCUGGUGCUUGGUAAGCCUCCACAGUUCUGAUGGGUUCAUGCAUUGUUAUUGAUUUCCCCCCCCAAAAAAAAUAUUGCAAGACUGUGGGGGUCUAAUGCAUGAGCUCUUCCUGUAAAGCAUGAAAACUAUGAAUAUAAAAUAUGUAGAAACUGAGUCAAGUCACUGAGCUAAUGAUUUAAUAAAAUGCUGUUACAGUCA